AUGAAAUCUCCGCCAUUCCACCCACAGUCUAACGGACAAGCGGAGCGUUUUGUCGACACCUUCAAAAGGAACUUCGAGAAAAUGAAGGGAAGAUUGUCGCCAGCCGAAGCACUACAAAAAUUCCUGCAAACCUAUCGGCGAACUCCCUGCUCAUCCACACCAGAAGGAAAAUCACCGGCCGAAGUUUUCCUCGGAAGAGAGAUACGAACCAGAUUGAGCCUCCUGAAGCCAAACGUCACGACAAACGACAGCAUUCGCAACCACACAAUGGAGGAACAAUAUAAUCGUCAUCGGAGCUCGACAGAAGGAGUUCAACGCUGGGCGACUUGGUAUGGAGCUAUUGACUAUUCGUUCAUAAGAAAGCCAAAGCAAGCACAAGGACGGGUACUGAAGCGGUACGGAAACAGGCUGUACGAUGUACUGAUCGACGGACAAAUUUGGAAACGUCACGCGAAUCAGCCGUUCGAACGCUGGCAAGAUUUCGUUAUCACUCGAACUAGGACUUUGAUCUACAACGCUGCUAACACUUUGAUAAUGCGAAGAAAGGCGGAGCAAAUCCUUGGAUGCAAUAUCCAGACAUACCUCGAACACGUACUCGCUUUCUUCCAGUGCAAACCGUUCAUAAGGGAUCCUUUGACAAGAUCAAAAACUAGC